AUGGUUGAAGAGGAGCAACUGGAAUAUGAUCCGCCCAAGAUGUCCGUUGCUACCCUUACCAAGAUGCAGGCUGGAGCCUGUGCAGUAUCGGUCCUCCUGGCUGAGGAUAGCUAUUGUGUUGCCAACGUGGGGGACUGUCGAGCUAUGCUCGUGAGGCGGCUUAUUGACGGUCAUGAACGGAGCCCGAAUAGUCUACCAUUACGAAGGAUUCCCCCGCAUGUUGAAGUGGAGUGGCUGACGGCUGCUCACAAUGCAGAUUCUCCAAUUGAACAGGAAAAGCUGAGGGCUGAGCAUCCAGGAGAGGAAGAUUUGGUCCACUGUAAGCAGAAGAUCAUCGAGUUAGGUAGUGAUGGUAAGACCGUGGGGAAGACUCCAGCCAACCCGAGCGUUGGGAGACUUCUAUUUUAA